AUGACGAAGAAGGACUCGAAGAAGUCGCUGCGGCCGGGCAGCAAGUCGGCCCGCUCGACGGCGUCGAAGCGGCGUUCCGCGUCGCGCAAGGCCGGGUCGAAGAGCAGCCGCUCGGCCAAGUCGAGCAAGUCGGCCAAGUCGCGCAAGGCCAAGUCGUCGAAGGGGCCGAGCAGCAAGAGCGGCCGGAAGAGCGGCAGCGCCUCGUCGAAGAAGAGCACGUCGGCGUCGCGUCGUCAGAAGAAGUCGCUGGGCGCUGGGCUGGCGACUGCCGUUGACAAGUCGAACAAGUCCGACAAGGAGAAGUGCAAGACGGCCGUCUGCCCGAGCGACAAGGAGACCAAGGUCGACGUCGCCGCCCAGGCCAAGGAGCUCCAGGACAAGGUGGGCGGCGCCGCGCCGAAGACGGUGGAGAUGCGCAUGCAGCCGGCGGAACUCGUGUGGAAGCAGAACGGCGGCGUCAAGCAGGUCCACAUCGUCAACAACUCGAAGGAGCGCCGCGCCGUCAAGGUGAAGUGCACGGAUAACCUGCUGUACCGCGUGCACCCGGUGUGCGGCUUCGUCGACCCGGGCGAGUCGUACAAGGUCGAGGUGCUGCGCAACAACGGGUCCACCAAGUCGGACGUGCUCCUCUUCAUGACCACCAAGGCUGGCGAGCAGAAGGAGGCGCGCGAAUGCUUCGCCGACAAGGCCCAGCAAAACGAGAUGCUCGUCCUGCCGAUGCUCCCCGAGAAGGACGACGUGGCCGUC